GUCGGUGGCGCAGCACUGCGCGUUGCCGUAGAGGCUGAUGGGGCAGGCAAUGUAGGUGGUAUCGGUGCUGCUCUCGGUGGGAGCGGCCAUGGCAAGGCUGGCAGUGAGGGCAGCGACGACAGCGAUGAACUUCAUGUUGGCGGUUGGGGUUGGGAUGCGGUUAAGCUGGAAAAGAUAAGGGAUUUUUUAGGUUGAAGAUUGUCUGGCUUGAGAGGACUGAGCUGCUGAUGAUGAGAGGAGAGAUAAUGGAUGAUGAGGGGGGGAAAGGGCUUGCUUUUAUAGACGUCCUGGGGACCUUUGUUUGCCCUGCCUCCGCGUUUUGGCUUCAUGGGGAGGCAUGGAGGCAUCGAGGUCGGCAUCUGCCCUCGCAUUCCUUCCCCCCUUUCCCCCCAGCCCGAUCGAUGGACAUUCCGGAAUACGACCAAGGCGGAGGAGGAGGGAGAUGUGGUGGGCUGGAAGCCCGACUACUUUGGGAACAGGCCUGCCUCCUGGCUUCGAACGCUGCCGGGGUACAGACAAGUGAUACACGCCCCCAUGUCCAGCACAGAGCGUGGCUGGCUUCCGAGUUGUCCGGAGAACAGGGUAACUCCCAGGUGCGUCAAGCAUCGUGACAGACGCAAACGAUCGCGAGGGCUCGUGUGGUCGCACGUCAGGGCCAAAGAAAAGAGCUGCAUGGAGAAUAAUACCCUGCAAUGCGGUAGUGCAAACUGCAGCGGUCUUUCUCUCCCCCGUCUUUUUCUUUUUUCCCACUUUUGUGACCACUCCAACUCCCCUCCCGCCCCGGCCCCCUCGAAGCCCACUUCAUCUCCACGUUGUGCUUCCCCGGCAAACGGUUCGCCACGGGAGCUCUCUUGUCACUUUGUGCCCAGGCUGCAGCCUCGACCGGUGACGAAAUUGGCGAGCGAUGUACUUCGCAAGAGGAAAGACAGCGUUCCCUGGUAUGGCAAUCCGAGAAAAACGGUAAAGGGAAAGCUGCAGAGUGACGACUGCAUUGGCGGCCCGGAAUGUGAUAUUGUGUCUGGGAUUGGCUGUACGAGACAUAACGAUGGUCUAGAUAUGAUCUACAUAGAUAGGGUACCUUGUGCCUGGCUUUCAGAAACCAGGACGAAUACGAAGAAGUAUCAGACUACCAAUAUGGACAAUAAUGAUGGGUCCAUCAGUCCAUCAGUCCAUCAGUCCAUCGUACAGUCGUACUGUGCAGGAUCUGGCAUCAUCUUCACUGCUACCGUAACAGCUCAAGCAACCUGCAAGCUACUACCCAGGCAGUCUGGGCAUCUGGGCAGAGCCGAAGAUAUGGGACAUGGUCUUCUCACUGCUGCCCCCCCUCUGGCCCCUUAUCCGCAGUGA